GGAUCGCUGGGAUGUGAGCGCGCGCAGCCUCCGGAGCCAGAAACAAGCACUCUGAGCAGGGUUAAACACCUUUGUCUUCUUCUUAUUAUUAUUAUUUAUUUUUUUUUUUUAAAAAACUGAUCCUUGCAGCUUUUUUUUUCCAUGAUGGCUGUCCCGGAUGAGCUGCUGUUCCAUGCAGGGAAUUGACAGGAAGACUUUCCGUGGUGCAUCCCGUCUCCUAGAGCUGCCUCGCCUCUGGAAUUUAAAAUGCCUGCAGAAAAAAGCGACCAGGAGAGCAUGCUGAGCUACCAGAGACCCGGUGAGGAGGUCAUUGUUGAUCAGGGUGGCACAAGCUCAGUCUUCAACAUCCACUAUGAGAAAGAGGAGCUGGAGAGUCACAGGACUCUGUUUGUUGGGGUGAGGAUGCCUCUGGGCCGUCAGUCUCACCGCCAUCACAGAGCUCACGGCUCCAAACACCGCAGGAGAGAGAGGUCGAGAACGGGGAGCCUAGCUCCUGAUACUGACCUUACAGAGAGCACUAACGUCCCACACGACACUCCAUCACAGAGAGUGCAGUUUAUUCUGGGCACAGAGGAGGAUGAGGAACAUGUGGCUCAUGAACUGUUCACUGAGCUGGAUGAGAUCUGCGUUAAAGACGGCAAAGACGCCGAGUGGAAGGAGACAGCCAGGUGGCUAAAGUUCGAGGAGGAUGUGGAGGAUGGAGGUGAGAGGUGGAGUAAACCCUAUGUGGCCACUCUGUCUCUGCACAGCCUGUUCGAGCUGCGUAGCUGCAUCAUCAACGGCACCGUCCUCCUGGACAUGAGAGCCAACAGCAUCGAGGAGAUCGCCGACAUGGUGCUGGACCAUCAGGAGGCAGCUCACGAGUUGGAUGACAGUGUGAGGGUGAAGGUUCGAGAGGCUCUGCUGAAACGACAUCACCACCAGAGUGAUAAGAGGAGAUCUAACCUGCUGCCCAUGGUCAAAUCUCUGACUGACUCCGGCAGGAAGCAGAGCGAACCCCACUGCCUGGACAAGACCGGACACGUCACAUCUUCUCAGUCUCCUCCUUUAACUGCUGAAGUGAAAAACGGGGCGGGGCAGGAUAACGGCCAAAUGGACCUUAGUAAGGUGGACACACACUUCAUGAAGAAGAUCCCUACUGGGGCUGAAGCCUCUAACGUGUUGGUGGGAGAGCUGGACUUCCUGGAGAGACCUAUUGUAGCGUUCGUCCGACUUUCACCUGCGGUAUUGCUAACAGGACUCACUGAAGUACCCAUACCAACCAGGUUCAUGUUCAUUCUGCUCGGGCCGGAUGGAAAAGCUCAGCAGUAUCACGAGAUUGGAAGAUCCAUGGCUACCAUUAUGACCGAUGAGAUUUUUCAUGAUGUAGCGUACAAGGCUAAGAACAGGAGCGAUCUGCUGGCUGGGAUUGAUGAGUUUUUGGAUCAGGUGACUGUUUUACCUCCUGGGGAGUGGGACCCUUCUAUCCGCAUUGAACCCCCAAAGAGUGUCCCCUCACAGGAGAAAAGGAAGAUGCCUGGCGUGCCCAACGGGACGACUGUUCCUGCUGAGGUGGAGACACACGGGGAACACCAUGGACCAGAACUACAGAGAACUGGGAGGUUGUUUGGAGGUUUGAUUCUGGACGUGAAGCGAAAAGCGCCAUUUUACCUGAGUGAUUUUAGAGAUGGGCUGAGUCUGCAGUGUGUGGCGUCAUUCCUCUUCCUCUACUGUGCCUGCAUGUCUCCUGUCAUUACCUUCGGAGGGCUGCUGGGGGAGGCGACAGAGGGACGCAUCAGUGCUAUUGAGUCUUUGUUAGGAGCCUCCAUGACGGGCAUGGCGUACUCUCUGUUCGCCGGUCAGCCGCUCACUAUUCUCGGCAGUACUGGACCUGUUCUUGUGUUUGAGAAAAUCCUUUUCAAGUUCUGCAAAGAUUAUGACCUGUCGUACCUGUCUCUGCGCACCUGUAUCGGCCUGUGGACAGCCUUCCUGUGUUUUAUCCUGGUUGCAACAGACGCUAGCUCUCUGGUCUGCUACAUCACACGCUUCACAGAGGAAGCCUUCGCCGCCCUCAUCUGCCUCAUCUUCAUCUACGAGGCUUUAGAGAAGCUCAUACAUCUGGGAGAACUUUAUCCUAUCAACUCACACAGUGACCUGGAUAAACUCACACUGGCCUACUGUAAAUGUGCAGUGCCUGACAACCCCAGUAAUAAAACUCUGAUGAUGUGGAGUGAGAGGAACAUAACAGCGUCUGAAGUGCCGUGGAGCAACCUCACUGUGAAGGAGUGUUUAGAUCUGCACGGCCAGUUUGUCGGGACAGCUUGUGGUCAUCAUGGUCCCUACACUCCCGAUGUACUCUUCUGGUCGGCUAUCUUGUUUUUCUCCACCUUCUUCCUGUCCACCUUCCUCAAGCAGUUCAAGACUAGCAGAUAUUUUCCAACACGGGUGCGGUCAGUGAUCAGUGAUUUUGCUGUCUUCCUGACGAUCGUUCUCAUGGUGCUGAUUGACUUCGCCAUCGGAGUUCCAUCUCAGAAACUACAAGUGCCAAGCAAAUUCAAGCCUACACGGGAUGACCGUGGCUGGCUGAUUAACCCGAUUGGUCGGAACCCAUGGUGGACGGUUCUGGCAGCGGCAAUACCAUCCAUGCUCUGCACCAUCCUUAUCUUCAUGGACCAGCAAAUCACAGCCGUCAUUAUCAACCGCAAAGAACAUAAACUGAAGAAGGGCUGUGGUUACCAUUUGGACCUGCUGAUGGUGGGGGUGAUGCUGGCCGUGUGUUCAGUGAUGGGCUUGCCGUGGUUCGUAGCAGCGACCGUGCUGUCAAUUUCCCAUGUAAACAGUCUAAAACUGGAGUCAGAAAGCUCCGCCCCUGGAGAGCAGCCACGAUUCCUGGGCAUCAGAGAGCAGAGACUAACCGGCCUGGGCAUCUUCCUGCUCAUGGGCUGCUCGGUGUUUAUGACUGGUGCUUUACAGUUCAUCCCCAUGCCAGUGCUGUAUGGAGUGUUCCUCUAUAUGGGAGCUUCCUCUCUCAAAGGCAUUCAGUUCUUCGACCGCUUGAAGUUGUUCGGCAUGCCGGCAAAACACCAGCCGGAUUUCAUCUACCUUCGGCAUGUUCCUCUGAGGAAAGUUCACCUGUUCACCAUCACACAGCUCACCUGUCUUGUACUGCUGUGGGUCAUCAAGACAUCCCCCGCGGCCAUCGUAUUCCCCAUGAUGGUGCUUGCGCUGGUCUUCAUCCGUAAACUGCUGGAUUUCUGCUUCAGCAAACGGGAGCUGAGUUACCUCGAUGACCUUAUGCCUGAGAGCAAAAAGAAGAAACUCGAUGAUGCGUCUAAAAAGGCAGAGGAGCAGGAGUCACAGGAGAUGCUGGUUGAUGACUCAGACAGAGGAGAGGAUAAAAACACGGUGCGGAUCCCGAUGGAGAGCAGCAAGCUUCUACAAUCUCCUAAAACACCAGACCCCAGGACUGACCCCUCUGACAUCAACAUCUCAGACGAAAUGUCUAAAACUACAGUCUGGAAGUCUCUUAGCUCCAAUCACAAAGACACACACCGUACAGCAGGGCUCAAAAAGGAUUGCCAGUGAAGAGGCACACAAAACCUGUGAAUUCAUCAACCAGUUAAUUAACAACAUUCUCUCUCUCAAACACACACACACACACAAGAUACACACUACAUACUAUUAAUCCUCCUUAUAGCCAUGAGGUGUGAGUGUGUAUACGGUAUGUGUGUGUGUUUAGUGUGUGUGUAUAGAGGAGUACACUUCUCUACCCCUGAAACCAGGCUCCCUGUUUCAUUUUAGCACUUUAACGCUGUCUAUAACGUCACCGUCACUGCACCGAAAGCGUAUAUUUUAUUUUAGGCGUAAUGAGUUUAAAUGUAUACCAUUACUGCUGUAUAUGUGCGUUGUUGUGCGUCGUUGAAAAUAACCUCAGUAAUAAGAGUAACGUCUUGAGAAGCUGAGUGAGUGAUUGAAGAGUUUUUUUUUUUUUAGUCAGAAAGUGUCUGUGAUCCAAAUUAAAGGGAAUUAAAGGGAUAUUCCAGUGUUUUUCAGGCACUGUUCAGAUGAUAUGGAUAUUUUUGAAAAAUAGUUUGUUCUCUGUGUUUUUGAAUGACUCCACACCCACCGCAACCUUCAACAGGAUAUGAAUGAAUGAAUGGAUGGAUGGAUGGAUGGCAUGAAACAGUAGUUCCACCUCAGUGUCAGUCCACAUAUGACUCCUUGGGUUUGUUUUCACCAUGUUGGUGUUUUUCCUCCACAUUUCAACAGUUUAUGACAUACUAUCGCCACCUACUGGGCUGGAGUUCUAAAAGGGUUUUUGGGAAUUUUUAUGAACACACAUUGGUAAAACAGACAUUUUCAAAAACAUCUGUAUGUGUGUGUGAGUGUGUGUGUGUGUGUACAGGGUGUGACCUGUAAUGUGGGAUUACACACACUGCCUCCUGCACUGAGAAAACCUGUUUACUCCAAAAGAAUGGAAGUCCAAGGGCAGAUGGUGAACUCUUCUCAUCAAACUAUAAACAGAUGAAAACUGAAUAGAGUUCUACUGUAUUACAUGUAUUACAGAAUUCAACAUCUGCCCUUGGACUUUGAGUUGUAAGUGACUUUUGAGUAAGCACAGAGUAAUGUGUCCACUACAUAAUGUUUGGAUAGACAUUAGGUAGUAAAACACUGGACUAUUCCUUUAAUUCUAGUAGAAUAAUAUGAUCAGUGCACUGAAUAAAGACCCUCCAUUUUGAGUGAAUGCUUUCUGGUGGACAGCAUUGAAAAUGAGCAAUAAAACACAAUAAUGAAUAAUAAUCGAUAACCUGGAUAACUUAAAAGAAUCUGAGGAAAGAGUAAGAAUAAAAAUAACAUAAAAUAUAUAUAAGAAAGCAGCAAUCAAGCAGAAUAAGGGUUGCCAGCUCCAUCUAAUUACUUAUUACCACUAUGUAUGUAAUCCAGCACUCCAAUAACACCCUUCUUAUCUUUACCGAUCUUGGUGUAAGGGCUUGGGCGAAAAAGGAACACAAGCCUUCGUGUACUUUAUGCUUUUUUUUUUUUUUUUUUUAAUUAAAAAUGCAAUUAAUAUGUAAAGAGGUUUAAUUUUUAUACUUCCAAAUUCUGGUAACCCUCAUUCAGGGUGUCAGUGUCAGUCGUUAACGGGUUGGCCACCAUAGUGAGAGUGGGUUAAAUGUCAACGUUAGCUUUGCUGGCAUUAAGAGAACACACUCCUUAAAGGAAAACUCCACCCUGAUAUACAUUAAACAUGUUUAUAUUGAAAUAUUCGUGAUGUGUUUAGCAAUUUUGGUGCUAAUUUAUUGGCUGGUGCUGUAUUUUCCUGUGUUAUUCUAUGUGAGAUCUGCUAGCGCAGUUACAAUGGGGUAUAAUAAGAAAAAAAUUUCAACAAUCUGAAAUAUAAGUGAGUCAGGUUUCGCUGUUAGCUCCUAAAAAUAACAGAGCAUAAUCAUCUUUUCUGACUCACUAUUUUCCAUGUCAUAUUAAUGAGCAAUCCAGUGCAGAAGUAGUGGAGACUUUGAUCCAGAUAUUUGGACUGAAAGUCCCAAAAUGCAAUGCAGGUACAGCAGAGGCUCGUCUCAGCUACUUAGCAUUCUACGAGACGAUGAGUUCAAUGGCAUGAAAGUUGAAGCUUUGAAAGCUAUUCUGUUUGAGAUGAGAGAGCUGGACAGGCUAAAAGAAUAAAGCGCCGCUGCAUCAGUCUUUAGUUAGAAGAUGAAGCGAAGGGUAAAUCCCACUGCACCACUAUCAGCAGGUAACCAUUAACCGUUAACCAAAGUGUUUAAAAUAGAUCAACAGACAAAAAUAACAUUACAGAAUAAAUCUCUGACGUUAUUAGAGAUCACGUGUUAAUUUUGAAUAUUGAUAUGCAAGUCUUUCAGGGUGGAAUUGUCCUUUAAUGAGGUGGUGCGGAUGUCUUUUUCCUCCAUCUAGACACCUCUUAUAUCACUGUUUAAAUUAGUUUAAGCACUAAUGAAAGACAGAGAGAAAGGCUCCUCAGGGUUCAGAGACCAGACGUUUGUUUAAAGCCACAAAACUCAAUUUUAAAAGCCAUUUAAAGGAACACUCCAGCAUUUUUCAACCUAAUCUCCAUCCACUGUCUCUGUAGCAUGUGUGUGUGUGUGUGUGUGAGAUUAUUAGAGACAAAAAUUUCAACACUUUUACUGAAGAAACAAGAAAAAAACAUUUAGCGCCAAAGUCACUUAAGUCAAUGUAAAUGGAAUACAGUGGAAAUGUAUUGCUGCACUUCCAUUAGGACUUCCAUUAGAAGUAUGUUUUAUUUUAGUGAACAGCUUUUCUGUGUCGAAAUUCAUAUCUACAGAUGUUGUUGAUAGAUAGUUUUAAAAAAAAAUGCUGGAGUGUCCUUUAUUGAUAUGUGUACAGGAUAUUUUUAGAUACUUAGCCUCUGUGUUUUUUUAUUUAUUUUUAUUUUUAAUUUUUUUUAAUUUUUAAAGCUCAGAGCAACCCCAUCAUGAGCCGAUCCAUGAAUUUCUACAAAUACGGUGCAGAUUAAGCCAUUAGAUUAUCAAAGCACACACUAGUGACAGGGUCAUGGACUUUCCUGAAACUUCACAAUAAACCCCUGCUUGUUUGGCCCCUCCCCAUUAUAGGUGUGGCCCUUCCCAUCUCCGCUAUUUACUUGUAUUAUAGUAAAAAUAAAAAAGGGUGGAGGGGGGGUGGUUCAGCAUUGUGUUUGAAUUUUCAGGUCUGCUGAACAAGUUUCACCUCAAUAAAACAGCUCUUGAUUUGUAGUUGCACUUUAUGUAGAUAUACACAGAAUAUGAGUUUCUAUUUUUUAACCCAAAGAUCUCAGAGAGUGUAACUGUGUAUUAUGAUUUAUUUUAGUAAAAUUGCCAUGUAUAUACUGUAAUAACAGAUCAGUGGAGCAUAUAUACGUAUUUUGCUUAUAGUAAUAGAGAACCAGGUAUUACUGGCAGAAUGAAAACUGGCAUUACUUUUUAUUUUACACGAAUGUCAAGCCAGUUAAUGAUUAAAUGAUCGAUGAAUGUUAACAACGCUGCCAUGAAGUCCUGUCGGAAAUAUCGUAAGUGCGAGAUGAGCGCACUUGAACGCCACCACAAUGUCGUAAUUACACCUGGGGAACUCUUAUGAGGAACUGUUAACUGUCCUGUGAUUCUUCUGAUUCUAUAACUUGGUGCAUAUUUUACUUAAGAACUGUUAUAUUAUCUUGACGUAAAGCGGCUUUGGGUUUGAGAAAGUCGCUUUAUAAAUAAAACUUAUUAUUUUUUCGAUGAGCCCAGCCUUUUCUGAGUUAGGGGUGUGUCAUUAACAAAAGGUUAAUGGUUCAGUCCUUCAUUUUGUUUGAGUAAGUCAAAAUAAACUUCUUGUCAUUAAUGAUACAGAAAAUAUAUAUAUAUUGUAUAUAUGUUUUCUCAUGCCGUCCAUUUUCUUCCCAACUAGAAUCACUUGAACACACACCAUGGUGUAAUCAUGACCUUUGAACUCGUAUAUACGAACUUCCAAAGAGGACUUGAAGGCAGCAUAAGGAUCAUAUGGAAUGUUAUACAACAGGGUGUGUACAGAUAGAGGCUCGAUUACUAAUAUAAUGAUAUCAAUAUCUGAAAUAUGCUUUAUUUCGAUUUUAGACAAUGUUCCAUUCGGUAACGAAUAAAACACUGUUACAGGAAAAUAACUAACAGGGUCAUGUGAUGAAGCGGAGUUACUGCUACCACACCGAAGUUAAUUACUUUCCUAUAACAGCUUGUCCUGAAGUGUUUUAUUCCUCUUAUACCACAUCAAUUUGCUAUCGAUUACAAAUUUGUGUCUAUUAAAGAAUGACCCGUCAUACUUUUUACCCGUUUAUAGUUAGAUUUAAUGUUCUGGAGCGUCCAUGAAACAAAUUAAUUCCUGUUAUCACGUACGUUAUAUAUGUCCUUCCCUCAUCAGGCUAUGACAAAAAAAAUGCAGCUUGUCAUGUUACAGAGAAAUCACAAAGUAUAAACUCCUCUGUCCUGAAGAUGUCAGAAAACUUGAAGUUACAGCUUUAUCUCUGACUGUUACAAAGCACUGACACUGGAGACUCCUUCCUUAAAUGUUAAAUAAACAUCUCCUUACAGAAAACGUUACCAUAUCAACGACUUCCCGUCUAUUAUUUGUCGUAGAUUAUGUGGAUUAUUACGUCCGCCGUACAAGCUCCUGUGAAUGAGCUGUUACUAUAGUAACAAACAUCUUCUGACCAAUCAGAGUUGAGAAUUCCACAACACUGUGGUAUAAAAUACAGAUAUUUAAAAAAGUUUCUGAUUUUUAAAAUGCAAAAAAAAAAAAAAAAAAGACAAUGAUAUAUCAUGUCCACCUCACACACACACACUUUGAAAAAUCAUUUCAUUCUUAUUUAAAUGUUGAUUUGAAAAAUUGUGCUGUACUGAAAAAAAUAUUCACAUUUGAAGUGCUAAAAAAAAAAAAAAAAACGUCUGAAUGUCACGUUA